CCCAAAUAGGGCUGUGGGAUCUCCUGGCCAUACAAGGCUCUUGGAAUCUGGACCCUGGGGACCCCAGGCAGCUGGGCCCAGCUAAAACGCUGCCGACACCCCAUACCUCGUACCGUGUGCACAGCAGAUCUGGUGCCGAGAGGCGUUCUCCCAGCCAGCCACAGACAUGACGGAGCGCCUGACGGCCGAGCAGAUCAAGGAGUACAAGGGCGUCUUUGAGAUGUUCGAUGAGGAGGGCAACGGGGAGGUGAAGACGGCGGAGCUGGAGCGGCUCAUGAGCCUGCUGGGCAUCAACCCCACCAAGAGCGAGCUGGCUUCCAUGGCCAAGGACGUGGACAGAGACAACAAAGGAUUCUUCAACUGUGACAGCUUCCUGGCCCUGAUGGGGAUUUACUGGGAGAAGGCCCAGAACCAGGAGGGCGAGCUGAGGGCAGCCUUCCGUGUCUUCGACAAGGAGGGCAAGGGCUACAUCGACUGGAACACGCUUAAGUACGUGCUCAUGAACGCAGGUGAGCCCCUCAAUGAGGUAGGCGAGCAGAUGAUGAAGGAGGCUGACAAGGACGGAGACGGAACCAUUGACUACGAGGAGUUUGUGGCCAUGAUGACCGGAGAGUCCUUCAAGCUGGUCCAGUAGGAGCAGGUGCUAUGGCCCUGGGAGGCCUGCCCGAAGAAGGCCACUGCCUGCUGCGGCCACGCUGCUGCCCAGCCUGCCC